AUGUCAUGGUCAGUGAGGGAAAGUUCAAGAGCAAUAAGAGAGGCUUCUAGCAAUGGAAUUGUUCGACGUAUGGUGAACCUCCCUCGGAGUAUUGUAGGGGGAUUUUCUAGAGUGAUGGGACAUGGCAUUUGUCGAAUAGGAAUAGGAGGUAGAAGAGAUCAGAAUCCAAUACCAAACUUUCCAUUGCAACCUCCUCAGGAGCCCCUCAUUGCACCAGAAGAGUGGACCUUCCUUUCCGUUUUUGAGCAGCAAUAUGGAUCAAAACAUCCUUUCUUUUAUGCUUGUCAAUUCAUGGAAGCCUUAAAGAUAGCAGAAGAUGAGCACAGGUUUAUGUUCAUGUAUCUUCACUCACCGCAUCACCCUUUCACUCCCUCUUUCUGUCGGGAGACUCUAACUUCAGACUUGGUGGUUCAGUUUCUUGAUGCUAACUUUGUUUGUUGGGGAUCACUUGCCGAUAGAGGAGAGGGUUUGCAAAUGGUUUCAACACUGCAACCUGCAAGCUUUCCAUGUUGUGCAGUGAUAGCUCCUGCUGCUGGUAAUAGCAUAGCAGUGCUGCAACAGAUGGAAGGGCCAGUUUCCCCGGCAGAGCUGGUCGAGAUUCUUCAGAGGACAGUAGAGGAGCAAGGGUUGGCAUUUAGCAAUUCAAGAUCAAAGGAAGAAGAGACAAUAAGAGCAAGGGCCAUUGAGGAAGAGAGAAAAAGAGAUAGGGUCAAAGAAGAAGAGAAGAUAAGAGCAGAUCGUCGACUAAGAGAAGAACAAGACGCAGCAUAUCUUGCAGCUCUAAAGAUAGAUAAGGAGAAGGAAAAACUUAACAGCUUACUUCCAGAGAGGAAAGUUCAGAAACCAGCUGAUUCUUCAAAUAAAGCAAAUUAUGAAAAGCUAAGGCAUAGUGCAACUCAGAAACAGUUUGGUAAAGCAAAAGAAGUUUCUACUGUUAGAGAAACAGCUAACGGGUCCAAAGAUUCUCAAGCAACACAGAUUCUGAUAAGGUUUCCAAAUGGUGAGAGAAGAGAGCAGAGUUUUUCCUGCUCAGAUAAGAUCCUGUCAAUUUACCGAUACAUAGAUUCAUUACGGCUACCAGGCAUUGGCAACUACAGAUUAAUAUCAAGCUUUCCUAGAAGAGUCUACAGUGUUGAUCAGAUUGGAAUGACACUGAAAGAUGCUGGCCUCUACCCUAAAGCAACCCUUUUCCUGGAGCUUCUUUGA